AUGCCUACCAACCGAAGUUGGAUGAAGGCUCACCGGCGCUCUGCAGAGUUUCGAAGUGGCGUUGACGAGUUCGUUGCGGUAGCAACGAACCACAUGAAUUCUGACGGAUUUGAUCGAUGCCCAUGCAUGCGGUGUUUGAAUGUGAAUUUCCACACACCUGCAACUAUAAGGGUUCAUUUAUUUUUCAGCGGGAUCCAACCUUUGUACAAUCCCUGGUAUUUCAACGGGGAGACUUUUUCUCAGCCCGUAGUUGAAUUUCCUGAAAAUGACGAAGAGGAAAUGGCAGAUGUGUUGGCAGAUAUGUUAAGAGGGGACCCUGGGUUUGACGAAUCUUCCAGCACUACUGAUUCUUUCAGAGAACCCCCUAUUAAUGACAACAACAAGUUUGAUGACUUGUUUAAGGAGAUGGAGUCUGAGUUAUAUCGAGGUUGCAAAAAAUCAGCCCUCAAUGCACUGGUAAAGCUUAUGCACUGCAAGGUUUUGAAUAGGUGGAGUAACCACUCUUUCGAUAUGUUGCUGUCCAUCUUGAUUGAUCUAUUUCCAGAGGGGAAAAAAUUACCGAAGUCGCAUUAUGAGUCGAAGAUGCAAUUGCGCAAUCAAGGUUUGGGCUACGACUCAAUAGAUGUGUGCAAGUAUAAUUGUGCCAUUUUUUGGAAGGAGAAUGAGAAGAAAGAGUUUUGCCCUGUAUGUGGCGAAUCACGAUGGGUGAAAAAAAAGGGUAAGGGUAAAAAAGUUCCUCACAAAGUUAUGCGUUACUUCCCACUCAAACCGAGACUAAAACAAUUAUAUUGCUCAAGACACACUGCGGAGGAUAUGCGGUGGCAUUACUCGCAGAGACCAAAAGAAGACGGUGUGCUUAGGCAUCCUAAGGAUGCUGAAGAAUGGAAGCGGUUUGACCGCCUUCAUCCGUCUUUUGCUGUUGAACCAGAAAUGUCAGACUGGGAUUGGCUACUGACGAUUUUAAUCCAUUUGGCAACAUGA